UCUGGUUGUUGUGUGAUUGUAAACAAAGAAUGGGACGUAAUUGCAACUCUGAUUAACUUCAAUUGAAAAAGUAAAAUAUUCAAUCUUUCACUUAAAUAUACAAUUCUUAAACAAAGUUGCGAUUGUUUUUUUUCAUUUUUUCCCAAUAACAAAAAUCAAAUAGAUGAUAAAUGGGAAGGGCCCCGCCUCUCCCGACCCGUUCGAUCUAAAGAACACCAGCGGAGGCGGUGGGGAUCAUGCAUCGCCGGGAUCUUUAUCGCGGUACUCCUCUUGCGGCGAGGAAUCGGAGUUUGAGAGGUAUUGUAGUGCAAAUUCAAUUAUGGGUACGCCCAGCUUUUGCAGUACUUCUUUAGGAGCUUUAAAUGAUCGUAUAGAAACUGAGUUUGGGUCUUUGAAAAGUUUAGAUAAUUUUACUUUGGGAGGGAAGUUAUUAAAUUUGGAGAAGAAAAUUUCUAGUUAUCAUGAUGAGAUUGCUAAUGGUAGCUACAGGCAAGAGGGUGUUAGAGACUUAGAUGAUUCAAAUUUGUUUUCGGAUUUCGAUGGGAGAGAGGAUGAUGAAAUGUCGUCUAGGUAUGAUAAUGAUGAUGACGAGGAGGAGGAUGAUUCUAUGUACGGCUGUGAUUCUGAUGAUGGGACUAGGAAUAGUUUGGAUGCUCACAGGACUUUGAUAUAUGGCUUAGAAGAAAAAGUUAGGGCCGUGAAUGAGAAUCCGUUGCUUGUUAAUUCGUCUGUAGCGUUUGGUUUGGAUGAUUGGGAUGAUUUUGAGCAGGAAACAGUGGGUGGUACUCUUGCUUCUUUGACUUUGGCUAAUGAGCCUGAAACUGAAACGCACCAUUUUAAUUCCACAGCCACAGCAUCUUUAGGUUUACCUGUUGUUGAUAACGUCAUUUUAGAACCUGCUUGCGUCAUGCAGGUUGAUGGCAACGAUUUGGUGGGAGAAUCCAAUAAUACUUUUCAUAGUAGUUCUCAGAAUUCUGAAGUGAAGCAAGCAGAAAAAGUGAGAGAUCUCCCUGAAGCUGAGAAAUGUCCACUUCGAGGAAUUCAGCAAUUGGCUAAUGAUAGCGGAAGUAUCUCAACCACAUCACAUCACAUGCCAAGUUUAUGUAGAUUAGAGCAAGAAGAUGUAAGAAACAUUUCUGUUACCUGCAAUAUAGUUCAAGAAGCUAAUGACACUACUGAUCAUUCUAAGACUUGUUCUGAUAGUGAUUUCUUUCAGAUGGCGCCAGAUCCUUGUGUAGAAAGAAAUUUAAUGGGUUCAGAAUCAAACAUCUUAGAUUACAGUAUGGAAAGGGAGUCUCUCUGUAUGAAAACAGAGCAAAGCAUUCGUGCUGAUGACAGCAAAAUUGUUCAAAACCAAGAGACUGGGAAUUUAGAAGUAGAACUAAAAGUUAAUUCAACUCAGUUGUUGCUUGAACCUCACAGGAGCAAAAUGUUAAAAAAUAAUACCCGUACUUCUAAUGCUCUUUUUGAAGACAGGCCUGCACCAAUUAAGGCAGAGAAAGUUGAGCUCGGUGAUUUUUAUGAUGAGAUUGUCAAUGAAAUGGAAGAAAUUUUACUUGAUUCAAGUGAAUCUCCAGGUGCUAGGUUCCCUCAGGUUAAUCGCAUGUCUCAAAAACAUCUAUCAUCGCCUUUAAGAGAUGGUGGCUCCUCUGCUUCCACUUCUGGUGCAGACGAUACUUUCUCAUUAAUCUCACAGCCGCUAAGAAUAGAUGGGAUUGAAGUAGUGGGUGCCAAGCAGAAGAAAGGAGAGAUUUCACUCAGUGAAAGAUUGGUUGGAGUAAAGGAAUAUACCGUGUAUAGAAUAAGAAUUUGGAGUGGCAAGGAUCAAUGGGAGGUUGAGCGUAGGUAUCGUGAUUUCUUUACACUCUAUCGCCGGCUGAAAUUAUUGUUCGCUGACCAGGGUUGGACCUUUCCUCAUCCAUGGUCCUCUGUGGAAAAGGAAUCGAGAAAAAUAUUCGGGAAUGCAUCUCCAGAUGUUGUGUCUGAAAGAAGUGUUCUUAUUCAGGACUGCUUGCAUUCUAUUAUCCACUCCGGCUAUUUUUCAAGUCCCCCGAGUGCAUUGUUUUGGUUUUUAUGUCCUCAAGAUUCAGUUCCUAGUUCCCCUGCAUCCCAAAAACAAGUGCCUUGGUCUGUAUUCUCUAAUAGAGAACCUGAACCAGCAAAUAUCUCCUCUAUGGGAAAGACAAUAUCACUUAUUGUUGAAAAUAGGCCUUACAAAUCUAUGAAACAAUUGCUAGAAGCACAACAUUAUAUCUGUGCUGGAUGCCACAAGCAUUUUGAUGAUGGGAUGACACUAAUGCAAGACUUUGUACAAGCACUAGGAUGGGGAAAGCCUCGACUUUGCGAAUACACUGGUCAGUUGUUCUGUUCUUCAUGCCAUACAAAUGAAAGUGCAGUUUUGCCAGCAAGAGUUCUGCAUUAUUGGGAUUUUACUCCAUAUCCAGUCUCUCAAUUGGCCAAGUCAUACCUAGAUUCCAUACACGAGCAGCCAAUGCUUUGCGUUAGUGCAGUUAAUCCUUUCCUAUUCUCAAAGGUCCCAGCUCUUCACCACAUCAUGAGUGUCAGGAAAAAGAUAGGAGCUAUGCUUUCCUAUAUCCGCUGCCCAUUCCGCAGGACCAUCAACAAAGGACUUGGCUCUCGUAGAUAUCUCCUUCAGAGCAAUGACUUUUUUGCACUUAAAGAUCUUAUUGAUCUCUCAAAGGGACCUUUUGCAGCACUGCCUGUGAAGGUGGAGACUGUAUCAAGAAAAAUUAUGGAGCAUAUAACCGAUCAAUGCCUGGUAUGCUGUGAUGUUGGAAUUCCCUGCAAUGCCCGACAAGCUUGUGAUGAUCCAUCUUCGCUCAUUUUCCCCUUUCAGGAAGGUGAGAUUGAAAAGUGUACGUCUUGUGGAUCUGUAUUCCACAAGUCUUGUUUUAAAAAGCUCACACACUGCUCGUGUGGGUCAGUCAUUGGAGAAGACAAUACCACGGGAGCCACUAAAACCCUGAGCCGUAAGGCUAGUGAGUUGUUGGGAAGAAGCUCGAGCUCUGUUCUGUCUAUGGGAUUGAUCUCUGGACUAUUUUCAAGAGUAAAGUCGGACAAAAUAAAUGAUAAUAAGGACGGGGACACUGUUAUUUUGAUGGGUUCUAUGCCAAAUACUACACUUUGAUCGCCUGUGUUGUAAUGUGCCAUUUGUAUAUUAUCUUGAUGUUUGUACCCGGUCACCUUUAGGUGCCUACGCCAUUGUAGCAAUGAGUUUUGAGGCUUAGUUAAUUAUUUUUUUUCUUUUACCACCCCAUUUUUUGGUGGUGUAUUAUUUGUAGAUAAAUGAUUUAAUGACAUUAAUAAUCUUUGUUGUUUUAGCUCAUUAAUGAAUUUUACCGUCAUGUUUCCUUUA